AUGCAGGAUGAAAUUCUGCUGACUCCCUGCAGGGAAUCCCCUGCUGAGGACACGGACUCCUUUGCCUCCCCGAAUGAAGAGAAGUGGGAUUUCGUCCUGGUGAGUGACAUCCAUGAAAUGGGCAGUGAGAAGGAGAUCAAGAGGAAAAAGUUCCUGGAUGAGCUGAGCAAGAAGGGUUUCACCAUCAAGAAAAUCGAGGACACAAAGCUCUUUUAUGGAGUCCGUGCCCCGCUGCACAUCUUCUGGAAAUACCAGCGUCUCCUGACGAACCCCAACAGCAGGCAGCAAAACUCCAGUGCCUACCAGGAUGUCCCAAUGACCACCAGGAUACGGGUCGUGCAUUUCAUCCUGCAGAACACUGUGACGUCCGACUUAGAGAAGCUGCAUGACCUGAUGAAGAAGAAGGUGUUUGAGGCAGCCUUUCCCCUGCACAAGAAAGAAGAGAUAAGGGAAAUACUAAAGAAGAAGUGGGCUCGCUGGAGAGUUCUAUUUAAGGAACAGCCAAUUGAACAGAUCAGGUGCUAUUUUGGAGAGAAGGUGGCCUUGUACUUUGCCUGGCUGGGCUGGUACACCUACCUGCUGAUUUUCGCUGCCGUGGCUGGGCUGGCGACCGUGGCAGCUGGGGCUACUGUUUUCAGCUCCAGCCAGGUGAGCAAGGAGAUCUGCAAUGCCAACAACACCAUCAUGUGCCCGCUCUGCGACCAGAACUGCUCGUUCUGGCUCCUCUCUGACACUUGCACCUAUGCCAAGGUCACUCACAUGAUUGACAAUGAGGCCACGGUGGUGUUUGCCAUAUUCAUGGCCAUCUGGGCCACUGUAUUCCUGGAGCUGUGGAAGAGGGAGAGAGCCAAUGUGGUCACCAGCUGGGACCUGUAUGGGUGGGAUGAGGAAGAGGAGGAGCUGGCUCUGCAGCUGAUCAAUAACUCACAGCACGAGCCCCGGCUGUACCAGCACUCCUACCUGCGCAGCACCAUCGUGCUCAUCCUGGCCCUGCUGAUGAUCAUGGUGCUGAUUGGCAUUGCCCACGCACUCGUCAUCUACCGGGCGAUGGCCGUGGCGGUGUUCACGCAGAGCGACACAAGCCUGCUGAGCCAGCACGCCGACAUCGUCGCCGUGCUGACGGGCGCCGUGCUGCACUACCUCACCAUCGUCAUCAUGACCAAGGUCAACUGGAAAGUGGCCCUCUUCCUCUGUGACCUGGAGAAACCACGGACCUCCACCCAGCGUGAGAACAGCUUCACCAUGAAGAUCUUCCUCUUUCAGUUCUUCACACACUUCUCCUCGCUCAUCUAUGUCGCCUUCUUCCUGGGACGGGUCAAUGGCCACCCAGGGCACUACGUGCGCAUCGCGGGCCACUGGAGGCUGGAGGAGUGCCACCCUAGCGGCUGCAUCACCGACCUCUUCAUCCAGAUGGCUGUCAUCAUGGUGCUCAAGCAGACCAUCAGCAACAUCAUGGAGUAUCUCAUCCCCUUGAUAUCCCACCAGCUACGGAAGAAGAAAAAGCACCCCCAGAGGAGAAGUCUGAUGUUAGGAGAGGAGGAGGAGGCAGAGGACCCCUGCAAAAGGCAGUGGCUGAAUAACUAUGAACUCAACGAGGUCAAUGUCUUCAGCUUGUUCAACGAGUACCUGGAGAUAGUGAUCCAGUACAGCUUCACCACCAUCUUCGUGGCAGCCUUUCCCCUGGCCCCGCUGCUGGCCCUCGUCAACAACGUCAUCGAGAUCCACAUGGAUGCCAUCAAGAUGAUGCGGCUGCGCCGGCGCAUGGUGCCCAGGAAGGCCAAGGACAUCGGGAUCUGGCUGCAGGUCCUAGAGGCCAUUGGCAUCCUGGCUGUCAUUGGGAACGGGCUGGUGAUCGCCAUCACCUCCGACUUCAUCCCCGUGCAGGUCUACAAGUACAUGUACAGCCCCUGCACGAGGGAGAAUCACACCAACAUGGACUGCUCCACCGGGUACAUCAACAACAGCCUCUCCGUAUUCCACAUCCAGGACUUCGAGCCCCACACCAAGGUGCUGCCAGUAUUUAAAGGGGAGCAGAUCAAGGAGUGCAGGUACCGGGAUUACCGCAAUGCUGACGACUACACCUACACCGUCCAGUUCUGGCACAUCUUCGCAGCCCGGCUCGCCUUCCUCAUCCUCUUCGAGCACGUGGCUCUGUGUGUGAAGCUGAUCGCAGCCUGGUACAUCCCCGAUGUGCCCCAGAGGGUCAAGAAUAAAAUUCUGACGGAAAAACACAACCAUCUCCGUGAGGAACUGAGCUGCCACACGUAA